UAACAUUCCCGUUGAUACAUUCAUUGUUGUUUUAGAUCGCAUUGGCGAUAGUUCGAACGAACAUUAAAAUUUUCCGCAAAAAUUCUAAAUAUUUUCUGCCGGAGUGUGUAUAAUGAAAGGUGUAAAAAUUUCGAAAAAUGGAUGACUGACAAAAAAAAAUAAAAAUAUAAAUCAAAAAGUGUGUGAAAAACAAACGAAAAAAAUUAAAAAUAAAAAAAAUCUAAACAAAAUGUCUAAUUCCAUCGCAUUUGUCGUUUACCUAAUAUUUCUCAUGCUCGGAGCUACCACAGCUGGUUAUAUGGAGGACAAAUACCCGGCGUCGGUUUUGGAAGAUACUAAUUUGGAUAUGUUUGGCUUGACGAGAAAAUAUGACUAUCCGCUAGAGAGUCAUUUUGUCACAACAGAGGAUAAAUAUAUUUUAUGCCUUUUCCGUUUAAGACGUCCCAAAGCUCGGCCGGUAUUUCUAAUGCACGGACUUUUGGAUAGCUCAAUUACCUGGAUACUCAGUGGACCAUGGGCUGCUCUAGGUUAUUAUCUCUACGAUUUGGGUUAUGACGUGUGGAUGGGCAAUGCACGCGGCAAUUUCUACUCACGUAAUCAUACAUUUUAUAAUCCCGACAAUGAUAAAUCCUUCUGGCGUUUCAGUUGGCACGAAAUCGGCUAUUAUGAUUUACCCGCUUCCAUUGAUUUUGUUCUGAAGAAAACGGGCUUUGAUAAAUUGGCUUAUAUUGGGCAUUCACAGGGCACCACAACAUUCUUUGUAAUGUCUUCCAUGCGACCGGAAUAUAAUGCCAAAGUCACUGUGAUGAGUGCGCUGGCGCCCGUCUCUUACAUGAAAAACCUUAAAGCGCCAUUGUUGCCAAUUAUGCGAAACUUAUUGGCUCUAUCAGGCAACGCGAUCACAGAGUUUCUGCCACGUUCAACAUUGUGGAAGGCAUGCUUUCGCUCCAAAAUAACUGAAGAUACUUGUUAUGAUUAUUUGUUUCAAAUAAUGGGAAAGGAUCAAAAGAUGUGGAAUGCGACAAUGGCGCCAGUUUAUAUGGCACAUCUUCCAAGUGGUUCCAACUUGAAACAGUUCAAACAUUAUGUACAACUGAUUGACUCAGGCCGUUUCUGUCAAUAUGAUUAUGGACCAGUUGAGAAUAUGAAACGUUACGAUAGUUCACAGCCAAAAGAAUAUCCGAUAAAAAAUAUUACUGUGCCUGUGGCACUAUAUUACGCAUCCAAUGAUCAUCUCAGCAGUUAUAAGGACGUAAUACGUUUGUCCAAGGAGCUGCCUAAUGUUGUGGAAAACUGCCUCUAUCCUUAUAAGAAAUGGAAUCAUAUGACAAUGGUGUGGGGUCUGGAGUCACGUGAAUUGGCGCACAAACGUAUGGUGGAAGUGAUGAAGAAGUUUGAGCCGGAGUUAUGACUUAAUUUAAGCAAGCAAAAGGGAAAAUUUGAUGUGUAAUUAUUUGAUAUGGAGAGACAAUGAUAUAUGUUUAGAGGGAAUUGAAUGUAUCUAUGAACUUGUGUAAAAUAAUUGAGUAAAUUUCCUUUUAAGAGAG